UAUAAGAUGAAAAAGUCGAAAUCAAAUACGACAUAUCACGUAAAGGAUGACUCUGUUUUUUCUUCUUUUUUUAAAAAAAAGGGGUACUACAACGGGAAUUCAUGAGAAUUUGGAUAUACAUAUAUAUAUCAAACCUCCCCCCCCCCAUUCCCUUCUUUCUUUUACUACAGUUAUUUUUAAAUUAUAAACAAUGAGUACUCAGAAAGUGACGCUAGCUGGGGGUAGAUACAGUCCAUUUUUUCGGGCGAUGCAAAUGGCACUGUUCCACUUAAAGAUUGAUUACGAGGUAGAGUUGCUAUUACCUCAUUCAAAGUAUGUGUACCAAUACAAUCCAUUUGGUCGGAUUCCUUUGCUGAUUCAUGGUGAAAAGGCGAUCUAUGAAACGACGGCGAUUCGAGAUUACAUUGACAGCAAGUUCAAUUCUGAGUUGACGCCGGUUAAUUUUGAAAUCAAGUUAAAAGUGACACAAUUUAUCAGUGUGGCUUCGGAUUAUCUCUUUAGACAGAUAUUGGUUGAUUAUAUCAAGCAGAGGUUGUAUUUGGAGAGGCUUGGUAAGACGGAAGGCGAAAUUACGGUGUUGUUGGAAAAGAAACUGAAAGGGUGUGGACGCAUUAUGAAGGCGGUAGAAAGCAUGGUAGAGGAGGGACCCUUUUUAUGUGGAGAAGAAGUGACUUGGGCAGAUUACUUUGUGUACCCUUUUAUGGUGAGCUUUUAUUCUUUUCCAGAAGCGAGUUUUUUUUCUGCUCUAUCACCAAAGUUAUUUCAAUGGUACGGCAUGUUUGGAAAGCGACCUGAGGCGGUAGCUACUGCUAUAAAUAUAGUGGAUAUUCUUCGAAGAGCGUCACUUUAAAAAAAAAAUAAGCAUCAUAUCGAAACAAAGUUUACUUUACGUUUGCGGUUGCGUAUAAUAAAUAUAGUCUUUAUUUAAUCUUUAAUACAGGUGUAAUAAAACAGUGGUGGUAUAUCCUCUUUUUUAUUUUA